AUGAUCCUCUCGUCCUUCGUGAACGCGCAGCGAGGCGCGCGGAGAAACUAUGCCACAGCUGCCCUGGCCUCCCCUCUCCUCCCUCUGGAGUUCCUCCUGCAGGAGUACAGCUGUGUGCGUCCUGAUGAACAUGUGUCGUAUGGAAACCAGGGAGACACCGUUCCUCCGUUUGGGCUGGCCUUCUCCUCCGCCUCAAACCUGCAGCAUGUUCUCGCUGUAGCGAACGAGGAGGGAAUCGUGCGUCUGUACAACACAGAAAGCCGCCAGAAUGUGCUGCUCAAAGAGUGGUUAGCCCAUGAGAAUGCAGUCUUUGACCUGGCCUGGGUACCAGGUGAGCCUCAGCUGGUCACAGCUGCCGGGGACCAGAUGGCUCGGCUCUGGGACGUCCGCUCUGGAGACUUACUGGGCAGUUUCAGGGGUCACCUGUGCAGCCUCAAGUCUGUGGCCUUCACCCCCCAGGACAAAGCCGUGUUCUGCACCGGAGCCAGAGACGGGAACAUCAUGGUCUGGGACACACGCUGCAGCAAGAAAGAUGGUUUCUACAAACAAGUGAAGCAGAUCAGCGGCGCUCACAACAAACCUGAAGCUUCUGCACUGAGCAAGAACAAGAAGAGGAGGAGCGGGACCAGAGGCAUGGGCCCCAGUGUGGACAGCCAGCAGAGUGUGACUGUGGUGUUGUUACGGGACCAGCACACGCUUCUCUCCUCUGGUGCAGUGGACGGAGUUGUAAAGAUGUGGGAUCUGAGGAAACAUUACUCGGUCCAUCGUCAGGACCCAGUGCCUGCUCAGACCUUCCCCUACCCCGGCUCCAGCGCACGGACGCGGCUCGGUUACUCUGGUCUGGUCCUGGACUCCUCUCGUUCUCACGUCUUUUGUAACUGCACAGACGACAACAUCUACAUGUUCAACAUCAGCGGAGCCAAGACAGCACCAGUGUGUGUGUUCGGCGGUCAUCAGAACUCGUCCUUCUACAUCCGCUCCUCAGUGAGUCCUGACGACCAGUUCUUGGCGAGCGGCUCCAGCGACAGCCACGCCUACAUCUGGAAGAUCUCGUCUCCAUCUCGUCCUCCCAUGAUGCUCCAGGGCCACAGCGAGGAGGUCACGUCUGUGUCCUGGUGCCCCACAGACUUCACAAAGAUUGCCUCCUGCUCUGACGACCACAGUGUUCGUAUCUGGAGAUUGCGCAGACAGACUGAGGAGGCGGCGUCUCGUCUGGGGGAGACUAAUCUCGUGGGCUGGACCCGCCCCAAGACCCCCACAAAGGAUCGAGCUGCAGCAGAAUCCACUCUGGCCCAGAGUCCACCUCCACACAGAGCAACUUCCAGAGCUCUGUCCUCCCCGACUCCUGCUGCCUGCGCCUCCAACAACGCCUCCCUCCCCCUCCCCUCAUCCACCUCCUCCCCUGCUUCCCGCCCCAAAACCCCCACCUCCCUCACCCGCUGGCUCUCCCCCACGCCUCCCACCGUGCUCUCCCCCCAGACCCGACAGGACAAACACGGAGCUAAACGUAGACUGGAGGCGAGUGCUCCUCUGUGCUGUUCUGAGCCCUGUGUCUGUGUGAGAGAGCUGGCUCCCAACAACAAGAGGAGGAGAGAGGAGGAGGAGGAGGAGAUUAUCUGCUGCCAGCAGGAGCAGGAGAAGGAGAACCUGCUCCCACGGAACUGGCUCUCCGCCAUGAGCCAGAAGAUCAGGAGCAGUCAGAGUCCCAGGAGAGGGACCCCUGCAUCACCGACGACAUCAUCGCCGUCGUCCAUGAAGAAGAUCUCCUCAUACUUCAACAAACCAACGGCAGAGUGA